CGGCGACCAAUGAGUGGCGUCUCCGGCUGAUCUAUGGUACGGUGGGCGGGGCGUCGCGCCGGCCCCGCCUCCCUGCCGUAGCUUAGGCCGCCCCUCACACCUUCCCCAGUGUGUAUCUCGCUGUCCGUUGGGGAGGAACUGUAUAUCCGUGCGCUGCCGCGCUGCGCUAGCUCGCUCGCUCAGUCGCUCGCUCUAUAUAUAUCUUUUCUCUCUCUUUAUCUCUCGCGACGAGAACUCCACGCGGAAAAACGAAGUGGUCAGAGACACAGGCAAGAGGCGCCCUCUCGCUCGAAAAGGAGGAGGACGACUACUUUUUGGCUCUGGAGACUUUUGAGGGGGAAUUACGAAAAAAGAAAAAAAUUUAAGGAGGCAGUGAGCGUCGGGAGUAUCGAGCGCUCGAGAGAGAGACGAUAUCGCAAGAUGAUAGUGUGUUGUUCUGGGUGUCAGAAGCCCAUCACGGGCAAGUUCCUGGUGACGGUGCUCGAUAGGACGUGGCACGCCGAAUGUGUCCGUUGCUCCGACUGCGGAUGCUCUCUCACCGACAAGUGCUUCUCCAGGGAAGGCAAGCUCUUCUGUAAAAACGACUUCUUCAGGCGUUUCGGGACGAAGUGUUCGGGUUGCCUGCAGGGCAUCUCGCCCCAGGACCUGGUGAGGAAGGCCCGCGACCGCGUCUUCCACCUCAAAUGCUUCACCUGCUGCGUCUGCCGGAAGCAGCUCUCCACCGGGGAGGAACUGUACGUCCUCGAGGAGAACAAAUUCGUCUGCAAGCAGGACUACAUGAAUGGAAAGCUCCUCCAGUAAGGCCACCUUCUUGCAGUGGACCCUUACGUCAUGUCUGACGAAGAGGAAGACCUCGAAUCGAUGGACACAGGCGACACCUCCCUCACGUCCCCGGUGUCGGACUCGGCCGCCCUCCACGCCCCCAACACCCCCGCCACGCCCUCCACCCCUUCCGCCCCGCAGACGACGGACCUGGAGAAGGCCUCCAGCGUCAAUUCCAGAGACGAGGGCGACGAAGAUGACGAGGAACUCGACGGAGAUAAGAACGAUGACGAAAAGCCAAACGGAGACGAGAAGGGCGGCAACAAACGGCGGGGCCCGAGGACGACCAUCAAGGCCAAGCAGCUGGAGAUCCUGAAGAGCGCCUUCAACAAGACGCCCAAGCCCACGCGACACAUCCGGGAACAGCUGGCCAAGGAGACGGGUCUCCCCAUGCGGGUCAUACAGGUGUGGUUCCAAAACAAACGCAGUAAAGAACGGCGCAUGAAGCAGCUGUCUACGAUGGGCAUGCGCGCGCACCUAUUCGCAAACCCACGCAAAAUGCGAGACCUGCCCCUGGGUAUGGACGAUGGGUAUGGCUUCUUCCCUGGGUACAGCGGAUUCCCAGGACAACAGUUCCCAGGGUACUUCGGUCCACAGCAACCCAUGGGAUACCCUCACAUGGCCCCCGGAAUGGAGCAGCCCUUGCCCCCCGGUGGACCCAUGGGAGGCGCCGAAUUCCCCGGAAUGCCCCCUAUGACGGCCAUGAUGGGUGACGCCUUCCCCCCACACCCCCCCAUGACCUCACCAACUGAAGACGUGGCAGUCCACGGCGGCCCUGGCGGGUUCAGUGAUCACCAGAGCUCGGAGAUUUUGGCGUGGUAACCUGGCGGAAGGAAGAAGCUCUCUCCCUCCGGAAUCUCGCCAAAAUAAAAAUAAAAAAUAAAAAAAAGAAAAAAAGCGCCACAAAACUCGCCAACCAAAGAUGCCGCCGCUGUUGCUUCUCGGUGUCGUCAUGUCCUUUGAGGGAAACCUUGACGUCAUUUUUUAAAACGUCAUAACUUCGUGACGUCAUAAAACCCCAUUCGUGACUUCACUAGAGUCAGGGCAAAAAAAAAAACUAAGAGGAUAUAUAUAUUAUUUUUGUCCAUCUUGCACUUUGUUUUUUUUUUUUUUUUUCAUUUGUAAGAAUUGUGAAGAUUAUAACUACUUUAAGGAACAAGGAAUCAAGACGAGAACAAACAGACAAACAAACAAACAAACAAACAAACAAA